AUGCCAGGGUCAACAAACUGCGUACUUCCCCUUUCUUCGUUUACUGGGGGCCAAGUCUGGGUGCAGUCAGACGGCGGCCCAGAUGAGCAAAUCAUUGAUGGACAGCCAGUUGCAGGCCGUCUUCUCGAUGUUAGUGCCGGCCCAGUCGAGUUUGAUGCCAGGGGCUCAUGGCAUAAGACGAUGCCUUGGGAGGGUGAUCGCACGGUGCUCGUGGCAUUCACGCCUGAUUUAACAGACAAACUUGAGCCGGAUUCUCGUGCCCUCUUGCUUUCGCUUGGCUUUGUCUUUCCUUCUGUGGCCAGCCCCGUUGCAAAUUUGCCUCAGGAGACCGAGCCGCCGGCGGUGGUCCUUCCUGAGCCGCCCUUGGUCGAGCCGGCCGCCUCGCAGCAGAAGUCUCCAGCAGUUGUGCCGUGUGCAGCGCAAGCCUUCCCUCCGGAGGCCCCGCCGGCUCGCCCAGUGUUCUGUGAAGUCUUCAGUGGCUGUGGGCGGCUGUCUUCCGCCUUUCGGGCUCUAGGGGUUCAACAUGUGGCUGUCGACGCCCCUUUUAAUCGCCAUAAGCCCUCAGUCGACACUUGGACUUGGGCCCUCGACCUGACCGCUUCGGAAUCGCAGCGGCUCUUGCUGGAGCGCCUUCAACGGUCAUCGUUGCUUGCGGUUCAUGUUUCCCUGCCUUGCGGAACCUGGAGCAGGGCCAGAGAGCGUCCUGUGCCGAGAGCGCUCCGCGGUCAAGGUGCCUCGCUGCCGCGCCCAUUGCGCAGUGCCGAUCAUGUGUUAGGUGUCCCAAAUCUCUCCGAUGCUGAGCAGGCAAAGGUCCAGGCUGCAAACGAGUUGGCUCGCUUCACUGUGGAGCUCUUCGCCCUGGCCGUUCGCAAGGGGUGUUUCUUCAGCAUUGAGAAUCCUGAGAAUAGCUGGAUGUGGGCUGUGCUAGCAAGCUGUGUGCGCGAGCGCCGGGAUCCUCAGCUCGCUACAAAAUUUUCGGCCAUGCAUCGCAUCGUGCUCUCCAUGUGCAUGUUCGGUGGCCGCAG